UACGCCUUCGAUUCGUCGAUAUUAUACAACUUCAUCCCGCCAUUUUACCCGUGCAAAGUUCAUACCAGCCUAGUACGUACGUAGUACAUGGUCGAGCUCGAGGUUGUGAAGCUACUAUCUAUCUAUCUAUCACGAUCAUCGCAGGUUACGCUAAGGAGGAAAACGGUCGCUUGGGUUAACUGGGUGCUGUGUAGCUCGUAUAUAUUAAAGGCUUGCUGCACAUCUUUUGCUGUUUUUGUUUGUUGAUGUUGAUAUUGAUGUUGAUGUCUUUUGGCUGGAUCUUGUCUGGUUGAGUACGAUAUACUGGACGCUUCAAGCUUCGCGCUUCAUAUUACCUCGUAAUCGAUUAAUAGAUCACUUGAAUAUCUCUCCUGUUACUUCGACUUUCACUUCGACUUCUACUUCUAUUUCUACCUCUACUUCAUCUCCGCUUCAACUCCACUUCAACUUCACUUCAACUUCACUUCAACUCCUUCAACAACAUAUUGCCCAUUCUCAAAGCAAAAAUGUCGAUAUUCUCAAAGAUUAAAGGCUCUAAAAAGGCUGCUCAACAACAUAAAGAAAAGACCAUCGCCGACGAAAAUCAACAAAAGAAAUCUGAACAAGAAGUUGCUAAAGUUCCAUACAAACAUAUUCCAACACAUGCCGCAAUCGAUGCACUUUCUGGAGCACCUUCAUCAUGGAAAAACGAAGAUCGAACAAAAAUCAGAGAACAUCAUAAACGAAGAGGUCAGAUGACCAUCAGUCGUACUCAUAGUGCUUUAUCCACUGUAUCAUCCAUGAGUAAUACAAUUGAAUCCAAUUCUGUCAUUCCAUCUUCACCACGCGCCAUCUCUCACGACAGUUACAAUCCCACAUGGAAUAACCGAGUGGGUGAUAUGUCAUAUUUAACAGAGAAACUUCAAUCGCGAACACAACCACCAACCAAACCUCAACAUUCCAAUCAUGGAAUUGAUUCUGCUAUUGGUAGAAGUCCAUUAUCUAGUCGUGGACAAAGUGAAGGUAAUUCAUACUAUCUAUCCUAACACUCAACAUUACACAAUAACUAACUGUUUUGUAAAGCUACAUCCCCAGCUACUAGUUCCAGAAACAGUACGAAAACUUCUUCUUCUUCUUCCUCCUCUUGCGAUGAUCUAGAAAUAGCUUCCAGUGUACCACGAAGACUACAACCCAGACAUUCAUUUAGACCUGAACCAGUCGUAUUUGAAGACCGUGAUAUUUUCACCAAAUUACACACCAGUACCACGCGAAAAUUGGGCGAAGCACCAAUCAUGUCAAAACCACAAAAUCAACUACCUAAACCAGCUUCAGUCAUUGUCGCACCACCCAAAUCUAAGAAAGCUUGAUGGAGUCUCAUAGGAAAGGACGGAGUUUCACCUACCACCGAUUAAUACUUGGCAUGAAUGAAUAUUCGGAAGAGAAACUUGAACAGAAAAUCAAUAUUGCUCAAUCUCAAUAUAUCUAAUCCAGAAGCGAAAGGGAAGUUGCAGAUCUUCACAGAGUGAAUCGUAUCGAUUCUUGUAUUGAAAGGGUCAUUUACUCUUGGAAAUGACGCUUGUAACAAUUCGAUGGAUUUUCCGGAAUCCUUUUUCGCUCUUCGCAUUCUAGCGUUACGAUAUUUUUGUCGUUUUCUAUCGUUGGCUUGUGUGUUUGUUCACGGCAAUACUCUUUCUAGCUACCUAGGUAUGUUGUACAGAGAUGAAAUGGAUGAGCUGGAUGAGCUGGGCUGGGUUGAGAGAUAAAACUACUUGAUAAUUGAGUUAUU